AUGUUGAAACGUUACUACGAGCGUGCCUCACAAAAGAAGGAAGAAGUGGCGAAGAAGGCAGGAUUAACAGCUCGACCAAGUAAUUGUGCAAUAGGCAGCUCGCAUAUUGAGUAUGUAGGUCAUCGAGUUGGAGAAGGAACAUCAACGGCCAUUAUAGGCAAAGGCAGUUAUAUCACUAGGAUGCGUUUUCUACUAACGGAAAAGGAAGUGCGAUCACUUUUAGGUUUAAUAAGCUACUACCGUCAGUACAUGAAGAAUUUCGCCUCUAUUGCUGCUCCUCUCACAGAUCUCAUGAAGAAAUCAUGUCCAAAUAAGGCCAUUGGGGAAUUAGUCAUCAAGAGGCAUUUCAUAAACUCAAAGACGUACUUAAUGAACCUUCAGUAUUAA